AUGGAGCGUAAGAUAAGUGCCACGGCCUUUAUCACGUUUGAUGAAGCGCGUUUACAGGGCGAGCACACUGACCUGAUCAUCAGGGUUAAUGGAACAGAGUUUAAAGUGCACAAGAUCAUCCUGUGCGGCUGCAGCCCUUAUUUUAGGAUGCUUUUCUCCACCCAGUGGGCCAACACGGCAGAACAUUCUUAUGAUAUUCCAGGAAUUUCUCCAGACACCAUGUCUCUAAUUAUUCAAUAUGCUUACACAAGAUCUGUCCACAUUUCUGAAGAGAAUGUGACUGAGCUCUUGAUGGCGGCUGAUCAGUUUUUAAUAUCGAGUCUAAUAGAUGCCUGCUGUGAGUUCCUGGAGGUAAAGUUAUGCCCUGAAAACUGCAUCGGCAUCCGCAUGUUUACAGAGCAUUUCCGCUCCUGCUCAAAGCUCCAGGGUAAAGCAAAGCUCUACAUCCUACAGCAUUUUGAGGAUGUUGUGCAAGUAUCCAAGGAGUUCCUGGAACUCUCAGCGGAACAUCUUGAGCAGCUGAUUGGUCAAGAUGAGCUGAAUGUUAAACGAGAGGACAUGGUUUUUGAAGCCAUCCUCCGCUGGAUUGAUCACUCACCUGAAGAGAGGAAAAAACACAUUGCUGUGCUUCUGCCAAAGGUUCGAUUGGGGUUGAUGACACCAGACUACUUCAUGAACAAUGUAAAGAGCAAUCCAUUGGUGAUGGAGAAUGUGGCGUGCACAUCUGUUAUCGUCAAUGCAAUGAAGGCCAUGUUUGAACUCAACAUGGAGGAAUCCGACUCAGGCCUCAGAAAUCAACUGACACGCCCACGUCUGCCCUCUACAAUCCUAUUGGCCAUCGGAGGGUGGAGUGGAGGCAGUCCCACCAACUGGAUUGAGGCCUAUGAUGUGAGGGCAGACCGUUGGGUCAGUGUGACUCGAGAGGAUGAGAGUGCCAGAGCCUAUCACGGUGCAGCAUUCCUGGAUGGGUUUGUCUACUGUGUUGGCGGCUUUGACAGCGUGAAUUAUUUCAACAGCAUGAGGAAAUUCAACCCCAUUACUCGAACAUGGCUUGAGGUGGCUCCGAUGUACGAACGACGAUGUUAUGUUAGUGUUGUGGUUCUGGAUGGGUACAUUUAUGCCAUCGGUGGUUUUGAUGGAUACACACGUCUAAAAACAGCAGAACGCUACGAUCCAAAUGCUAACCAGUGGACACUAAUAGCGUCAAUGAAUGAAGAGAGGAGCGACGCUAGCGCCACCACACUGCAGGGCAAGGUGUACAUCUGUGGUGGUUUUAAUGGGUUACAGUGUCUCUCCUCAGCUGAGAGCUUUAACCCUGAAACAAAGCAGUGGACUCACAUCGCACCCAUGAGCAGCCGGCGCAGCGGUGUUGGUGUCAUUGCUUAUGGAAGUCUAGUUUAUGCUGUUGGUGGAUUUGAUGGUACCAAUCGUUUACGGAGUGCCGAGGCCUACAACCCUCUGAUGGACAGCUGGCAUGAUGUAGAAUCUAUGAAUAACCCACGGAGCAACUUUGGCAUUGAGGUGGUGGAUGAUCUGAUGUUUACUAUUGGUGGGUUUAAUGGAUUCUGCACCAGCUCUAAUGUGGAGUGUUACGACGAGAAGACAGAUGAAUGGUAUGAAGUCUGUGACAUGGCUAUUUUCCGCAGUGCUCUGAGCUGCUGUUUACUGUCAGGGUUACCUGAUGCCACACAGUAUACAGCCAAUCGAGACUCAGAAGAAGACGAGUCUGAUCAUGAAAGAUCUACUUCCAGCAGAAGUCUGACUGUGUCGCCACCGAAUGGACCCUGA